AUGCCGCUUCCUCCCGUGGAUGAGCUCUCUGCGUCUGCGUCAGAUGCAGAAUCUCAAGCAGAGCGUGAUCUGGGUGCUCAUGACCUUAUGGGUCGACGCCGCCGCGUCCGCCGGCGAAUCCUGAAGAAGAAGAGGGUCCCUUGUUGGCGGCAGAAAGGGGACGCCUUGACGAAAACGUUGUCAAUCUUGGUGCAGAAGAAGUGCGGUUCUGCGCGUUGCAAGCGGCUUUAUGAUGCCGCGAAGGCAAAGGCCAAUGGGCCACCAGUCGACCUGAGGUACUUACAGGUGCCUCAUGCAAGAGUGACAGGAGAUUCGGCUAGUUCAAAGAUAGUGUCGUACCUUCACAGUCUGUACGAGUCAGUAGCUGAGACGUUGCCAGAUGCUCGCGACGACCCGGCGAUCUUUUCUGCAGAUCUGGUCAGCCCUGGUGAGAUCGACGAGUAUGCUGUGGACUUAGUUCAAGAUGAACGUGCCGCUGUAGAUCGGAAACGGAAGCGUUUCAAGUCUUUGACAGUCAAUACUGAAAGGUUGAAGCAAUUUGAGUUGCGAUAUCUACCACCGGGGUGCAUGCGCGACCACUACGAGGGCAUGAAGGCGGUGGCAGAUAUGGAAUCUGUAUCGUUCAGCACGUUCUGGAGGACGUGGCACGAGCAGUUGUUGGUGGCGUUAACGUCGCAUUGCAUCGUGGCCAGCGCUACGCUUGCGAGCUUGCGCACAGGCCACAGCCACGAGGACGUGGACCAGUGUUUUGGGUCGCUAGGAAAGUUUGUUGUUCGCCAUGCGAGAACCGUCGAGACACCGCAGCAGUUUGCUGAUGUCGUGCAAAAGUUUUGCCAUGGGGCAGCGCGCCCCUAUGAGAAGGAAAGGUUGGUCUUCAUUUUGGACCAACACCGGGACUGGAAAGGCUCUCUUGUUGAAGCAGUCCCGGUGGCUCUACGAGGAAUCGGAGGACCUGGAGCUCCUCAUUGGUUUGAGUUUCAUCGGCGUGAGACCCUGGGUUUCUUGCGCAAACAUUAA